CUCUGGAGUCUCCUUCCUCUCUAACCCGUCUCUCCCGAUGUGAACCGAGCGACUCACAAGCCACCGAAGCCACCAACCCACCAUGUCGCGCCGCAAGCAAGGCAAACCCCAGCACUUAAGCAAACGGGAAUUUUCACCCGAACCUCUUGAAGCCAUUCUCACUGAUGACGAACCUGACCAUGGCACGUUGGGAGCUCCAGAAGGGGACCACGACCUCCUCACUUGUGGCCAGUGUCAGAUGAACUUCCCGUUGGGGGACAUUCUUAUUUUUAUUGAGCACAAACGGAAACAAUGCAAUGGCAGUCUCUGCUUAGAGAAGGCUGUGGAUAAGCCACCUUCACCCUCACCAAGUGAGCUGAAAAAAGCGUCCAAUCCCGUGGAGGUUGGCAUCCAGGUUACGCCAGAGGAUGACGAUUGUUUAUCAACGUCAUCUAGAGGAAUUUGCCCAAAACAGGAACAUAUAGCAGGUAAAGACGAGCCCAGCAGCUACACGUGCACGACUUGUAAACAGCCUUUCAACAGCGCCUGGUUCCUCUUGCAGCACGCACAGAACACGCACGGCUUACGGAUCUACCUAGAAAGCGAGCACGGCAGCCCCCUGACGCCACGGGUUGGUAUCCCAUCAGGACUAGGUGCAGAGUGCCCUUCCCAGCCACCUCUCCACGGGAUUCACAUUGCAGACAAUAACCCUUUUAACCUGCUCAGAAUACCUGGCUCGGUCUCGAGAGAGGCAUCGGGGCUGGGAGAAGGGCGAUUCCCACCCACGCCGCCCCUCUUUAGCCCUCCCCCGAGGCACCAUUUGGAUCCGCAUCGCAUAGAGCGCCUGGGUGCGGAAGAAAUGGCUCUGGCCACCCAUCACCCUAGUGCCUUCGACAGGGUGCUGCGACUGAACCCCAUGGCAAUGGAGCCGCCCGCUAUGGAUUUCUCCCGGCGGCUGCGGGAGCUGGCCGGCAACACCUCCAGCCCGCCCUUGUCCCCGAGCCGGCCCAGCCCUAUGCAAAGGCUGCUGCAGCCCUUCCAGCCCGGCAGCAAGCCCCCGUUCCUGGCCACGCCGCCCCUUCCUCCUCUGCAGUCCGCUCCUCCUCCCUCCCAGCCGCCCAUGAAGUCCAAGUCGUGCGAGUUCUGCGGGAAGACCUUCAAGUUCCAGAGCAACUUGGUGGUCCACCGCCGGAGCCACACUGGGGAGAAGCCCUACAAGUGCAACCUCUGCGACCACGCCUGCACGCAGGCCAGCAAGCUGAAGCGCCACAUGAAGACACACAUGCACAAGUCGUCCCCCAUGACAGUGAAGUCGGAUGAUGGGCUCUCCACCGCCAGCUCCCCCGAACCAGGCACCAGCGACCUGGUCGGCAGUGCCAGCAGCGCCCUCAAGUCGGUGGUGGCCAAGUUCAAGAGCGAGAAUGACCCCAACAUGAUCCCCGAGAACGGGGAUGAGGAGGAGGAGGAGGAGGAGGAGGAAGAGGAGGAGGAGGAGGAGGAAGAGGAGGAGGACUUGAAUGAGAAUGAGAGGCCAGACUACGGCUUUGGGAUGAACCUGGAGGCGGCCCGCCAUCAUGAGAACAACUCCAGGGCUGGCGAGGAGAGUCGGUCGAUGCCGGACGUCAUGCAAGGUAUGGUCCUCAGCUCCAUGCAGCACUUCAGUGAGGCCUUCCACCAGGUGCUGGGGGAGAAGCACAAACGAGGCCAUCUGUCCGAGGCCGAGGUGCACAGGGACACUUGCGACGAAGACUCGGUGGCCGGUGAGUCCGACCGCAUCGACGACGGGGCAGUCAACGGCCGGGGCUGCUCCCCGGGGGAGUCUGCCUCAGGCGGCUUGUCCAAAAAGCUGCUGCUGGGUAGCCCCAGCUCCCUGAGCCCCUUCUCCAAACGCAUCAAGCUGGAGAAGGAGUUCGACCUGCCUGCCGCCGCCAUGCCCAACACCGAAAACGUUUACUCCCAGUGGCUGGCCGGCUACGCUGCCUCGCGGCAGCUGAAGGACCCCUUCCUCAGCUUCGGUGACUCCCGACAAUCGCCCUUCGCCUCCUCCUCCGAGCACUCGUCAGAGAACGGCAGCCUGCGCUUCUCCACGCCGCCGGGCGAGCUGGAUGGCGGCAUCUCAGGCCGCAGCGGCACGGGAAGCGGAGGGAGCACCCCGCAUAUUAGUGGCCCGGGCCCUGGCAGGCCCAGCUCAAAAGAGGGCAGACGCAGCGACACUUGUGAGUACUGUGGGAAAGUCUUCAAGAACUGUAGUAAUCUCACUGUCCACAGACGGAGCCACACGGGCGAGCGGCCCUAUAAGUGUGAGCUUUGCAACUACGCCUGCGCCCAGAGUAGCAAGCUCACCCGGCACAUGAAAACACAUGGUCAGGUGGGAAAGGACGUUUACAAAUGCGAGAUUUGUAAGAUGCCUUUUAGCGUGUACAGUACCCUGGAGAAACACAUGAAAAAAUGGCACAGUGAUCGAGUCUUGAAUAAUGAGAUAAAAACUGAAUAGAGGUAUAUUAAUACUCCCCAUCCCCG